AAAACCCCCCGUAAUUUUCGUUUCCCCCUCACCUGGUUUGCGGUGCGGUUUAGAGUCCAUCCCCAUCCAAGUGGGGCAGACAUUGCACGAAGAACUGCUGCGUGCACAACCCCACCUUGGGCCAAUCACCAACCAUUGCGCGAAUCCAAGAUUCCCCGAUCAACAUCCAUUGCCACUUUCGCCCAUUUGGUUGCUUCCACACUCUUCCUCCUCUGUCUUUCUUUCAUCCGAUUACAAUAAUUGGGGGCACAAUCCAGGAUACGCACCCGUCUGGCAACGUUUCACUUGCUGAACCCAUCAUUCAUAUUUGUUUCAACCGUGCACUUCCGGUGGCACAUUGACUAAGACAUUCAUCCAACCGUGAAAUCAUCACGUUGACAAACAGAAUCAUGCCCGGCGCAAAGGAUAUUGCUGAGACCAGGAGUGAGGAGGGCUCCACCGGCUUCCCCGACUUUGGUGAUAGCAUCGACCCCCCGACCUUUGAGCAGAUUCUGGAGAUGGACGACGAUGAAGACGAACGCGAAUUCAGCAAGAGCAUUGUCUACGGUUUCUUCGAACAGGCUGAAGGCACCUUCACGAAAAUGGAGACCAGCCUGGCCAACGGUGACCUCGCUCAGCUCUCCUCGCUCGGUCACUUUCUCAAGGGCUCAUCUGCCACCCUUGGCCUGACCAAGGUCAAGGACAGCUGCGAGAAAAUUCAGCACUUUGGCGCCAAAAAGGACGAGACCGGUACCGUCGACGAAGCAGACGAUCAAGUAUGUUUGCAGCGCAUCAAGGAUACCCUGGUGGACGUAAAGGCGGAGUAUUCGGAGGCGGAGAAGUUGCUGAAAAAGUUCUACCACGACCCUUCGUGAAUUUCCGCAAGAUAAAAACACGUACACGGAGGCACUGAGCCUCGCCAUGGGAUUCGGAGCAUCAGCGGCAUAUCUGGCGUACAGUGGCCCACUUACGGGGCAGCAUUUCACUCCUACAGAAAAAGGAGGACCGUACUCUAGAGAAUCAAGAGUUGAACCAUUGUGGGCGCAAUGGUGUCUAAUGAAUUACUCUUUAUGAAGUGUCCAAGCUCUCAGCAC